CUAGAGUCGAGAGACUUGUCCGAGGCUGUUGUAUAUACCUUGGUUCGGCUUCUUUGUGUCUAUCGAGUUUGAACAUCGUUGCACCCAGUGUGAAAGUCACACUAGCAGUAUCUUUCCUAUGCGGCGACAUACAAUCUGAAGCUUCAACACCACAUCGUGGCAGUAAUCGCCUCGACCACUCUCUCUUCUAAUCCUCGCCUGCUUAUGUGAGAAUGCUGCAGGGUAUGGACGAAUACGAGGCGACCGCGAUGACCAACCACGCUGGUCCAGAUUCACUUCCCCGCAUUAUAUGAGUCUUACCCCGUUGACCACCCCUGAUUCAUGAGUGACUAUACACUACCUACAUGAGAACAGAAAUAUACUGUGCAAGAUAUCUACCGCAAUGACAUCCACCACGACUAACCCUCCUCCUGCUCCUCUAACCCACAUCCUCGAGACGUGCAUCUACGUCCGCGACAUCGAGGCAUCAGCCAGAUUCUACCAGGAGACGCUGAACAUUGCUCCGUUUAUUGAAUCGCCACGCGUAACAGGCUUCUCCCUCGGCCCAACAACCCUCCUCCUCUUCGAGCUCGGCAAGACAGGGACCGACAUCAAUACGCCGACGGGCGUAAUCCCACUUCAUGGCCCGACUCCGCAAGUCCUCGCUUCGCUCCAGCACUCGGACGAGAACAGCAACGGUGAGGGAGAAGCACAAAGCCUCAAGCAGCACUUCUGCUUCGCGGUUCAGAGUCCAGAGCAAGUUCAGCAGUGGGAGGAGCAUCUACGGGGUAAGGGAGUGAAGAUUCUCAGUACGAUGAGCUGGGAAAGGGGCGGGAGGAGUGUGUAUUUUGAGGAUCUGGAUGGGCACGUCGUUGAGAUUGCGUCGAGGGGCGUGUGGCCGCAUUAUUAGACUGGGCGUUAGGGUUGAGUUUGCGGGUUUGAGGUUAGGGAAGAGCUCGUGCUUUGGGUUAUGGUUAGGGAAGAGUUCGUGGUAUAUGUUCAUCAGGGUGGUCCAGUAAAUGAGUCUAUCUUUACACGCAGUAUAGCCAUUAUGAUGUUCAAGCGAAUAAUCUACUGUACUAUUUCUCUGCA